UUCACAGCCGUGUCAACACCUGCAGUUCAAAUCCUGUUCUUUGGGGACGACUGUCGCUGUGUCUGACCCUGCAGAGUUGUUUUUCACAAUGGCCGUCUACUCCUCCAUGUCGGUUGUGGUCUUUGGUCUUGUCUUGGCGACUCUGACUUCAGCUGAAACGUAUUCCCCUCCUCAACCACCACCUCCACCACCUUACCAGUCAGGUGUAGGUCCACAGAAAGUAUCGUCAGGCUCAUACCUGCCCCCUGCGGCGUCGUACUCCAAGAGCCAGUCAUACCCAGGCGGCGAUCCCUAUGAGUAUCAAAAUGGAGGGUACAAACAGCCGAACGGACCAUUGCCCACUUUCUUCAAGUCACCAUACAACCGUUUGUCUGUUAAUCCUGAUGUUGACGAAUUGGACAGACUGUUUGCCUUGAUUGACACUCUAAUUGAGAUAGUAGACUUCGCUGCCGAAAGCUUGGCGAACAUAGACUCCCAGCAAAGUGUCCUGAAGAAGCAGGUGACCCAGCUGACUGUCCUGGACCUGCCGGCCUUGGAGGAGCAGAACAGUGUCGAGGACAAGCAGCUAAGCGAACUGGAGCGGAGGGUGGGUGACCUUGAGGACCUUAUUGGUGACCUGAAGGCGAAUCUGGAGGAUCUGGAGUACCUGAACGCUGAGAACGCCAAGGACAUCAAGGACCUGGAGAUCGCUCUGGCCAACGAGCAGUACAUCGACUCCACUCAAGUGCGCGACAUCGCCUCGCUCCUGGCGGCCGUUCAGAACCUCAAGACCAAACUGAUCAGUAUUACCAAAAGCAGGUUCGCGUUCCUGGACAACGAUAUCCAAAAAGUGGUCGGACUAUUCAAUUCCACACGUGACCUGGAAACAUCCAGAAUGUGCGAGACUGGCGUCACCACACUGACUGCAGAUGACCGUCGUAACACUGUUGUGUUUAACACAGACUUCGGCGGGCAAGUUCCUCAGAUAGACUAUGGCAUUGUUGGUAUUAAGAACAAAUUCGUAGGUGAGCAGUCUUUCAAAUAUCCUCCGUCCGGCAAGCCAUAUGAUCCCAAGUAUCCCCCCUACGGGUCCUCACCUUACAACGAUCGUGAACCUGGAAGUCUGGGAGACCUUGUUGCCGCCUUGCCCACACCAGAGUCCAUCACCUUGCAGUUGGUGGACGGGGCGUUCAAUAACGCGAAGACUGUGUCGGUGGACGUGGCUUGGCAGGUGUGCUCCGUUGGUCCCGGCACCCGCCUCGCUAAAUACUGACCUCAUCACCUUCCGACUGAUUACCUUUGACCACCCUGGGAUGACACGGAUGCCAAUAUAUUCGCAGAUUCCAUGAUGCUGCUUUCUGGGAAGUUUUGUACCUGUGCUCAUGUUUCAACGUCAGUCCGAUGUAUGUACUAUGAAUGACGGGAUAUUAUUGUAAACAGAGAAUCAACGACGAAAACGAAGAACACUUUGCUAGAUAAUCAAUCAGCAUCCCGUCUAGGAGUAUUAAUCAGAAGAUAAGGAUGUUAGCAAUGGAAGCAAUGAGACAAUUCAAAUGUCUAUGACACAGUGAAAGCCAUGAGAGGCAUCUGAAGAUUACUCUGACUGGUUUUGCUGUGUAACAUCUAUAAUCUUCUGUAACACAAACUUACAGAUGUAGCGCAGCAGAAAAAAUGUAAUGUCUUUUUUCUUGAAUGGAGUCAAAUAAAUAUAAAACAAUUGCCAUAAAA